GAAGUAGUGGGUGAAGAUGGCGGACGAGGAGGCCGAGCAGGAUUGUGGGCUUGUGAACAACACAAUUAAAACUAUCGAGGAACUCAGAACAUUGCUGGAAGGAUUACACGAUGCUGUGGUUAGAGAAAGCGCCAAGUCAGCGAAGCAGGCGUCCUCUGACUACUGUCAGGGCUUCUGUAGGAUAUUGCUGGAGUUCGUGGGCCGCUGGAAGACGGAUGAAGAGCCUUUACCUCUUGUUCAAAUGUACUUGGUCGCCCUGCUGAGUUUUGCCAAGGCGUCCUCAUACCUCUCUCUGCAGUGUGAAAAUGUUCCUCUUGUGAUCGAGAGACUUUCGCUGAGCUUUUUGGAGCACCUGCUCUCUCUGAAGAACAUUCCACAUGAUGUAUGGCAGUGUUUCAAGUCUUCUGUGCAGAUUGCACAACAGAAACUCCAGAAGAAUGGAACCUCCGAGCUGUCGCUGCUGUGUGUCCUGAGCCAGUAUGGAGGCAUUUGGAGCAACAAAGUUCUGCAAAGUAUUCUGGCUAAUGACAACGUUGCACCAGAACAUGUUGAAGAGUUCCUGCAGUUUGAAGGCCCUGUCUUGCUGCAGAUGCGAGUAAAGCAGCUGAUAAAGGAAAAGCAGUUAGAAAAGGCCGCACAUCUGGCGAAGGUCUGUGCUGAACGCUCAGCCUUCCAAGCAAAGGGACAUUUCAAGCAGAUGCAUCUCGUCUGCCUCUGUGGCAUUUUAGAAAAAGAUCAACUCAUGGAGGAGCUUUCAAAGGAGGAUUGCCAGGAAGCUUUAGAGAUGAUUUGCAAUCUGGAAUCAGAUGGAGAAGAUGCUGCAGCCUUCACUUUAUGUUCAGCCUUUCUAAACCAUCAGCUCCUCAAAGGAGACACGUACUGCUCUUGGGAGCUCACCCUGUUUUGGAGCAAGCUGCUGAAGCGCCUGGAUCCAUCGGACCAGGCCUUUCUUGAUAAAUGCCGUCAAAUGUCAGUCUUAUGCAAAUCCAUGUACCACAUCCUGUUCCUCAUCAAGGUCAUACAGUCAGAGAUCAGCAACGCAGGCCUCCCAGUGUGCAUCGAGCUGUGCAUAAGGGCUCUACGGAUUGCAUCAGAGGAUGACAAAGGAAAGGCUGCAGUGUGUAAAACCAUUUUCUGUUUGCUUCCCACUGAUCUGGAAGUCAAGAGAGCGUGUCAGCUAACAGAGUUCCUCCUGGAGCCCACGGCGGAUUCAUACUACGUCGUGGAGACGCUUUAUAAUGAACCAGAUCAAAAACUAGAGGAGGAAAGUAUGCCUAUUCCUAACUCUCUACGUUGUGAGCUGCUCCUUGUUUUAAAGACCCAGUGGCCUUUUGACCCAGAGUUCUGGGACUGGAAAACUCUGAAACGUCACUGUCUGUCACUGAUGGGUAAGGAGGCUUCCAUCAUUUCAUCCAUCGAAUCUCUAAAUAACUCUGAGAAUGAAGAGGAAGAGUAUGCAAGCCUAAAGGAGUUAAACAAUAUCCCAGACGACACAGUCAGCGGCACAUUCGAUCUUCAGGAGGGCACAGACAGAAAACAGAAAAACCGAGAGAUGAAGAAACUGAGGGAGAAGGGCUUUGUAUCGACUCGCUUCAGAAACUGGCAGGCCUACAUGCAGUACUGUGUGCUCUGCGACAAAGAGUUCCUGGGUCACCGAAUUGUGAGACACGCUCAGACUCAUAUCAGUAGUGGAGUAUAUACUUGCCCCAUAUGUGCUCAAACAUUCCCAUCAAAAGAGACAUUGCUUCCUCAUGUAACAUCACAUGUUAAACUUUCUUGCAAGGAAAGGCUGAGUGCGAUGAACCCCAACAAAGCAGUAGUUCGUUCAAAAAUCCCUGCCCCUCCCAUCGCAGUAUUAAAAACCAAAGCACACAAUGAGCUGCAGAAACUCAACCGUUCCCUUCAACAGAAUAUGGCUGCAGUUCAAAGGGCUCAGCCGCAGGGGGAGCAGAAUGCAGAAGUUAACGAAGACAACAUGUGUCCCGUCGGAAAAUGCAAGAAGAGCUUUAAGUUUUUCAAAAACCUAAUAGCACACGUUAAAGGUCACGGCGACAAUGAAGAAGCAAAAACGUUUCUGGAACUCCAGAACAACAAGGUGGUUUGCCACUACUGUCGACGACACUUCAUUAGCGUCAACCAUCUGAAUGAUCAUCUACAGGUCCACUGUGGUGCUAAACCUUAUAUAUGUAUACAGUUGAACUGCAAGGCAAGUUUCCUGACCAACACUAAACUUCUCACACAUAAGAAAUUACACAGCGUUUUUAAGGCUAGAUGCAUGUUUCCAAAUUGUGGGAAAAUUUUCAACGCCCCUUUUAAACUCUAUGACCAUGAGGCACAUCAUUACAAAACUUUUACUUGUAAAGCCGCCGACUGUGGAAAGAUAUUUCAUACUCAGCAACAGCUAGAUUUGCAUCUAGAAAACCAUGCUAUCCAGGAUCAGGAAGCUGUAGCUUGUCCACAGUCCGCCGACAGCACACAGCCGGGUCCUUCACUCCAUGAGCAAACGCUUUCCUCUCCGUCUCCUGUGAAACAAGAAGAUUCCCUAAAAAAAAUCAACUCUGAGGCUUCUGGUUUUACAAACCCUGAGAAACUUAGGAGCAUCCAGAGUUUGUUAGAAACUUCAGCAGAACAUGUGAAUGCCAAGGUUGGAGGCCAAAUGAACCCAGAGGCUGCAGAAUCGGUGGCUCCUCCCAGCAACUCGUACAGUUCUAAUAAUUCUCCCAUUCGAUCGGUGCAUUCACAUUCACAUGAUUCCAGCAAAAGUAGAUACAUGGUUUGUGACCAGCCACUUGAUUGUAACAGUCUGCCUCAUAAUUAUCCAGCCCAGCAGUUUGAAAGUGGUGUAGGGCAACUUUUACCAUGUCUGCCUAAAUCGACUACCAGCAAAGUCAUUUCAGAUAUACUGAGUAGCCAAUCAGGCCAUACCUUUAUGUCACAAAGCAUGCAAAAGCCAGUGUCUUCUAGGAAUAAUUUAGCAGAAUCAUUGCCCCACAUUUUCCCAGAUCCACCUAUGUCACAACCACUUCCACCGAAAGUCAACCUCCAGCAACCGACUGAGAGCAACCGAGAACAUUUAGCCACUUCCUCAAAUACCCCAGGUCCCCUCCCAGAACCCAGAGAGAGGUUCCACUGUGCUUUUGGACCGUGUACAAAGAACUACAGUUCUUAUCGAAGUGUUUCCAAGCACAUGAAAGCAAUUCACCCAGAUUUCUACGAGCAAUGGAAAGUUGCCCGAUCUGAAAUCCGAACGAGCUACAUCCCAGCACAGAACACCUUGCUGGGGGCUUUGAGUUCUGGCUCCGCACUGCUGAAGAAACAGGCCAGUCGUCGAGUUCAGAGAAAAAAUAUUAUUCAGCCCAAUCCUUGCCUGAACAUGAGUUCCAGCUCUCAGUACGCUGCUCCACAUAACGUCCCUCCUUUCCCUCACAGCUCCACCAGUUCGCUGCUAAUGGCCAAUGUUUUAAACUCUAUUGUGCUGUCUCAGUUGGAGAGCGGUCAAAGCUCAGUAACGGCACACUCUCAGGUCCCAAGGGGUCAAAACCCUGACGGCGAGUUUGCUGCCAACUGUAAUUCUUCCCAACUAUUCUCCUGCGCCCAGCAAGUGAUGCCAGACAUGGAUACUACUGCUGCCGCUUUCCCAGCUUGUAGUUCUUUGUGCUCUGCAAUGGAAUCAAAAAUGAGCCAACCAAAUCCCCUGCAGUCUCAGCUUGAUAACAGUAGAUGUGCUCAAAGAUCGAUGGAGGUGUCACAACAAAUGACAGCCUCUCCAUCCUGUACUUCACAGGUGCAGAGCAGUUUAGUCUCAUGUCCCAAUAAUCAAGACCAAACACAGCCAAGAGCGAAUCAAGAGCUGCCGGAGCUUUCCCCUGCAGAGGACAAGCUGAAUAGUGGAAGCCUCCAGCUCGCCAUCUCUGGAAAUGUUUCUGAGACUCUAACGCAACCCAGAAAGCACACCAGAACCAAGUGGCCCGCGAUAAUCAAGGAUGGGAAAUUUGUUUGUCGAAGAUGUUUCAGACAAUUUGAUAAUCCCAGAUCUCUCGGCGGUCAUUUAUCCAAGCGAGCAGUUUGCAAACCGUACCAAGAGUCUGAAAUCAACACAGAUUUACCACAAUCGUUUCUCGAUCUUCUAAAUUCAGAUCAAACUGUCGCCACUUCUGAAUUACAACCAUUUUAUAAUGGUGCUGCCGGCUAUCAGAAGCAUGACAAUACUUUGACUGGUUGCUCUUCAGCUAUAAAUCAUUAUCCUACUCCUCAAUAUCCUAAAGAUAACCUGCAAACAUUUGAUAAUAAUCAGUCCAAUAAUGAUAUUCUCAAGCAGCUCAUUCCAGAAUCCAGUAUGUUUGAUCCGUUUGCCCCUCCCCCUCACUCUCAUGCUUCUCAUGCAGACAGUGAGCCCCUGCUCGGUACCUCAGUUAUCCAGCAUACAGAGACGGUUCAGCUGAAGCAGGGAGCCAAUGCAUACGGUCCAACACAUUCUCUGGAGCCUAAUGUCAAAAGGUUUCCUAGGAGUGAACUGUGUGACCCGCUUCUGUCAGAGAUCCUCACAGAGACGACUUCUUCAGGACUACUAGGCAAUGCUUCCAAAAUAACAAGAACUCCAGAGUUAAUUUUCCAUGAAAGUUUCCCGUCUAAGAGAAGCGUCUUGGUUCCAGGUCCAGCUUUAAACUCCAUCAAGCCUGAUUUUCACCUCGGUCAGGGAACUUCAGGUGAUAUUAAAACCUCGACUCCAGUAAAGAGUGCUGAUCAGGAGAUCAAAAAGCGGCUGCGUGAGCAGAUUCUGGCGGGUGACUUUCACCGCAGAAACGUGUGUCCUCCUGGAAAUGGGAGUCCAAAACCUUUAGGCUCAGUCUGUAAUCCCUCCAUUAAUUCUGGGUUUCAGAACUUCUCUCACAAUGCCACAAGUCAUUUAGCAGCUCCAGGCCCGGUUCUGGAAAGAAACUCUCUGGCUGUUCCAGAAUCUUCUGGUGAAAUUGAAAGCCCCCUAAAUACCAAAAGCUUCAUUGGUUUUAGAGAGAUGCCCAGAAUGCACAUGGAGCUACCGAGCCCCCCAGUUACUGCAGCCAAUGACUUGGAUUCUGGAACUUCAGAGUUAACACCGAGCCAACAGCAGUGGAUGACAGACAUUCAGAGUGCUUUAGAAAGGCUGGACUUGGUCAGAGAAAUGUCUGAUCAGUCAACCACUACUUUAAAUCAUCAGAAUGCAAACAGAACGCCAUUAUCCUCUAAGGUCAUUUCCAAAACUUCACUUCCAUCCACUUUUCGCAGCAUUAAACCGUUUUCUUGUGAUGAACUAAAUUGCCCAUUUAGUUCCUUCUCCGGCGAGUCACUGUGGAAGCAUCUCUCCAAAGUGCACAACUAUAACCUUGAAAUGGUGAAUGCGGUGAAAAGGAGGUUGGGGCAGUACGCUCCUUUUAAGUGUCAGAAAUGUCCAAAAUCGUUCACUCGUAACUCAAACCUUCGCGUUCAUUAUCGGACAGGUCACAAAUUAUCCAAUAAAGAAAUUGAAGAGCUGGAUGAACGGCGAAGGCAGGCGAAAGCUGAAGCAUCUACCUCUAGUCGUAAGAAGUGUCCCAAUGCAGGUCCGGUUCCAGUGGUUCCUAUACCCACUGAUAGCCGUGUAGUUUCAGACAGCGGCUCCCCUAUGGCUCCUCUCCAAGGUUCAGUCCAACAGCAAACACAGGUUCCUUCAGGUGACAAAAGUAUCACUAAUCAUACAUUUCAAGGUGACAAUCACUGCUCGGUGAUUCAUAAAACUGCUCCCAUACACAAUCUGGAAGCAACCCUGCCUUCGAUGGCUCAGAUUUUCGCUAGUUUGCAGUCAGCACAAGCGGUGAUAUCUCCUGAACAUGGCUCCAAAAGGCAAACACUCCUUCCUGAUGUAGAUAGUCAGCUUUUUCCUGUCAAAUCUGAAGGUCUACCUCUAACUGAAAGCAAUCCUGUCAGGAUACCAACGGAGGCUAAACCCAAUAAAAACGUUUUCCGAAGAUCUAAAGGGAAGAAACAAAAAUAUGACGAUGCAAUGAGUCCAUAUAGGCCGUAUCGCUGUGUGCAUCAAGGCUGUGAGGCAGCCUUCACCAUCCAGCACAAUCUGAUCCUCCACUACAAGGCUGUGCACCAGUCGGCUUUAUCAGCUCUGCAAGACACUGAGGAGGAGGAGGACCAAACCGAGGAAGCAGGGGAUCCAACAGACCCCGAUAAAGAUGAGCCUGAGGCCGAGUCGCCGCAGACCACCGAAUUCAGAUGUCAGGCCAAAGAUUGCUGCUGCGUUUUUCAAGAAAUUCCCAACCUCAUCCAACAUUAUCUUACCUUACACGAAUUCACAGACGAUAAGGUGGAUUCGCUGCUAUCUGGUGUCGGCAGGUUUACUUGUGGUCACCAGGGCUGCACAGAAACUUUUACCACUUACAGAAAAUAUAAAAGUCACAUAAAAGAACAACACAAAGACCUAAACUUUGUCAAAACGGAACAACUGCAAGUUCUAUUCAAGUGUGAGAUCGAAGGCUGCGAUCGCUCAUAUGCCACAAAGUCUAACAUGCUCAGGCACAUGAUGAAAAAACAUCAGGAGCUUUACGAGCUCAAACUGCAAAACAAGCCGGUUAAAGAGGAAGAGGAGAUGAAGAAAAACUCAACGUCUUCACAAUAUCAAAUUACCAAAACUAGCAAUGGGAAAGAAAACAUUGAGAGCAAUAAAAAGCUUCCCCUGAGAGUUCAUGACAGGAAAAAAGUGAACAAGUCGAAGAGCAAACAUUGGCUUAAAUAUGGAAAACCUUCCCUGAAGUCUAAGGUGGAUGCAGCCGCACUGUGCACUUUGAAGUUUCCACUACAGUAUCCUUGCAUGAUCAAAGGCUGCACAUCAGUCAUGAAAUCUGAGAAGAGCAUACUUAAGCAUUAUAUUGUACACGGACUGUCGGAGAAGUACUUGGAACAGCACAGGAGUCAUUUUAUUUUCUGCAAAAAGUUCUCCAGGCAUAAAUGUCGUUCCGUCAGGAGCGACGACUCCAAAUCUGAAAACACCUCUGAGCAGUCAGACGCCGAGAAGGCAACGGAGUCCAUGACGGAGGAAGGGAGGUAUGAAUAUUCAAAGCCGGUCCUACGCAGGAGGAGCCCGGCAGAAAGGCCCAUUUCUAGGUUCAAUUCAAAGUUAGCGAAAAAGAAAAGUUCCGACGGACCUUUGGUACUUAAACGCAAACGAGGACGGCCGAAAAAACUUGCAGAGAAUGUUGGUAAACCCAAUAAAGUCAUCCAGACGCCAAAGGCUGAUGUGGCUCCCUGCAGAGAAGAAAAGCAGACCCCCCCAACGCUGGCAAAGAUCCCAGAGGAGGCGGAGCAGUGCGCCCCCCUGUCCUCCUUCAAACCCAUGGGAUUUGAAAUGUCUUUCCUAAAAUUCCUGGAGCAGACUAACAAAUCAGAGCCGGAGAGGUCAGAGAAGGCAUCAGAGAGGGAGGAGGGCAAAAAGAGCAGCAUCUGGUUCAGCAACCGUCAGAAGGUGAAGUCCCUCAGCAAGGUGAAGAUCAAACUAGAUCCAGCCUUUGCAGGAUUCACCCAGCCCAUGCUGAAACAGCUGCAGGACAUGGACCCAGCUGUAGUGUUAGAAAAAAUGUGACUGAUUUUUUUUCUAUUUUUUAAUCUUAGAAAUAGUCUGAGUUGAUGGACUAAAGCCGUCAGUCUGUCCCACAGUUUGAUCUCUACAGGUCUUUUUUUCAUAUUGUAAAAUGUAAAGCAUGUUGAAAUGACAGCAGCCUGUGGUGUCUAUGAAUUAUCCCUGUGGGAAUCUGAGACAAUAAGCUCUCCUCAGUGUGUAGUCUGUGAAGAAGUGGAUCGUUGUGUGCUGUAUAUAUAGAUUUAAAUCACCCGCUGCCAUCUGCAGCCUUUAAACUGUUUUUAUUUUGCUUAGUAGAUUUUGUUUUGUCUUUUAUAAGAUAACACAGCCCCUGAAUAUAAUGUUGGAAGGUAAACACUUUAGAGCUGUUUUAUGUUGACCUAUAUAAUGAAUUUGUUACAUUUUUCUCAAUUAAACUUCUUAAAAUAUGCAAUGGUUUUCUU